UCACGAGAGUUCGAACUUUAUCAGUGUGACUGGGGAGUUCCAGAGCACGAGGGAGCGUAAUGCGAUUGAAAAAUAAACAAAUACCCGUCGCUGCUCGUCUCGAAGCGUUUCGGGAUUAUUGGUUGUGGUAAUAUUUUAUUAGGAUACACUGUGGUCUUCUUCAAGCAAAACGAUGGAGCCAGUCAGCUAGCUUGCUGGCUAUCUAAACUAUCCGAAGGGGAAGUGGUAGCAGUCAUCGCUUCAGAGUUUCGCUAUCUGACUCGACAGCUAGCCUAGCCUUCGCCUAACACACCCACUGUCUGCCUGUUUGUCGUUUGCGCUUGUUUCAAAUAACCUGGACUUCAACCAGCUCCGGCUUUUCGCUCAACUUAAAAGCAUGGUUUGGCUAAAAAGAGCAUUUGGCUGUUGUUAGCCAGCUAGCGAGGUGAAACUAGAGUCGGCCUGACAAUACGGUGGCGUGGACUGGAUCAUUCGUGCUGUUGUCACUCAUUAACAACAGACUGCAGCUCUGACGGUUUACUUCUAAACAGUUACUCCACUGGUUUUGGGAGAAAUAGGAAGCAUUCAGCUUCGCGUUUCUGUGACUGGCGCAUCUCUGGAGAGCAGAUCUCUCUCUCAGCAUGCAGGACAAAAGACUGGAGAUGAGCAGAUUGGAGUUUUAAUCACCGUUGGCUGUUUGGAACUGUCUUAACUGACUGUCCAUUUGGGGAAAGGCAGGAACACAGGCAAGAAUGAAGAAGUUUUCGCGUAUGCCAAAGUCAGAGAGCGGAAGUCUCGGGGGUGGGUCUGGAUCUGGUACUGGAAGCAGCAACUACAUUGGAAAGGUGUUUGCUGUCGGUCGAUACCAAGUCACGGUAGAAGAGCUGAUCGCUGAAGGAGGUUUCUCCAUGGUGUUUCUGGCCCGCACACACAGUGGAGUAAGAUGUGCCCUGAAAAGGAUGUAUGUGAACAAUAUACAUGAUCUGAACAUCUUCAAGCGGGAGAUCACAAUCAUGAAAGAGUUGUCAGGCCACAAGAACAUAGUCCGGUAUCUUGACUCAACCAUCAAUGCAGUAGGAGACAGUGUAUGGGAGGUUUUGAUUCUUAUGGAGUAUUGCAAGGCUGGUCAGGUGGUGAAACAGAUGAACCAGCGGCUGCACGUAGGAUUCACUGAGGCAGAGGUGCUCGGCAUGUUCUGUGACACCUGUGAAGCGGUUGCCAGGCUCCACCAGUGCAAAACUCCAAUAAUCCACAGAGACCUGAAGGUAGAAAAUAUCCUCCUAAAUGACCAGGGAAACUACGUCUUGUGUGACUUUGGAAGUGCCACACAUAAAGUGCUGCUCCCACAUAAAGAUGGAAUAACCGCCGUGGAGGAUGAGAUCAAGAAAUACACGACUCUUUCAUAUCGUGCCCCAGAGAUGAUUAACCUAUACCAAGGGGAAGCCAUCACCACAAAGGCUGAUAUUUGGGCACUUGGAUGCUUGUUGUACAAGCUGUGUUUCUUCACACUUCCAUUUGGGGAGAGUCAAGUCGCCAUAUGCGAUGGAACCUUCACUGUUCCGGAUGGUUCAAAAUUCUCUAAGUUGCACUGUUUAAUCAGAUACAUGUUGGAGCCUGAUCAAGAAAAGAGACCUGACAUCUAUCAAGUCUCUUACUUAGCCUUUCGAUUAGCUGGAAAGGAGUGUCCAGUGCCAAAUCUCUUUAACUCUCCCCUUCCCACCUCCUUGCCAGAACCCUUUACUGCUAGUGAUAUUGCUGCUAAGAAGAGCCUGAUGAAAGCCAGAAUAACAGAUUCAGUUGGACCAACAGAAACAUCAAUUGCACCCAGGCAAAGACCAAAAGCUGCAAAUAGUAACGUUUUGCCUUUGGCCAGCUCUGUAACUCCUGUGAAAAUGACUUUACCCUCAGGUACAGACAAUAACGGCCAAAAAGAUCCUGGAAAUGGGCAGCAGUCAACUGCGCAGAUGCCGAGUAGCAGUCAACAGAACAGAGUAUUACAGCAGCUGCAGCCUGGAGACCUCAGACUACAACAGUUACAUCAUCAACAACAACAGCAGCAGCAGUACAAUAUGCACCACCAUCAACAGGAAGUCACUGCACAACAGCUACAGUACAUGCAACAGUAUCAUCAGGCCGUGCAGCAGAGUCUUCAGAUGCAGCAGCAUCAUAUGCUUCAGCAGCAGAUGAUGAUGCAGCAGCAGCCCAUAUAUCAAGCCCAGCAGCAACAGCAGGCUCACUACACUGCCCUGAUGCAUCAGUACCAGCAGGCAUUUGCCCAGCAGCAGCAGCUGCAGUGUGCUCCAGUUCAACAGGUGUCCUAUAUCUCCCCCCUGGAGUUCCAGGCCCCACUGGGCUCCUAUAACUCUGCCGGACCUUCCCCAGUAGAUACCUCUUUUGCUAACAUCAGUAGAAACCCAAUGUCCACUAUUGAUGUCAUGAGCCCUCCUCCCCAGACUGUCAGUAACCCUCCUGAUAUUUCUGGCUGGAACCCAUUCAGAGAGGACAAUUUCUCCAAACUCACAGAGGAGGAGCUGCUUGAUCGAGAGUUUGACCUUCUCAGAGCAAAAAAGCCAGUAGAGAGAUCUUUCAGCAUGGAGACCAGCAGCACAGAGAGACAGCAGCCGGUACUGCAACCCUCACUCCCUGAGGAUCCUUUUGGCUCUGUGCCCUUCCUGGCCAACGCAGCAGGAGCUGGUGUGCACACAGCGGAUCAUCCGAUUGAGAAUCCCUGUGUUGCUGUGGCUGGAAUAACACCCAUGCAAGAUGCAACUUUGCCAUAUGUCAAGCAACACAAACCUGCAAAAAAAAGUAGCUCAAGUAGUUUAGUGCCUCAGAAAGCAGGGGAGGAAUCAGAUAGUGAUUUUGAGUCCGACCCACCCUCUCCUAAAAGCAGCGAAGACGAGGGGGUGGAAGAGGAUGAAGUUCUUAACAGUGAACAUGAAGACACUGAGCCUGAGAUCCUGGGUCAGAGGCCAUUACUCAUGGACUCUGAAGAAGAGGUAGAGGAAGAGGAGGCCAAACCUAGCUCAGACUCAGACUGUGAUCCUAGAAAAGAAAAGAUUCAGUCAGGGAGGCCAUUGGAUUACAAGGCUGCAGUUUAUCCUACAACAAUUGUGAAAUCCGAAUCUAGAGCCAGUGUGAUCACUCCUCCCAUUUCGCCAAACAUCACAGCGCCUUCUGCGAGCAUUGUGGAUGUUUUUGGUGCUAUUCCUUUUGUUGGCCGUGGUCAGCCCAGAGUGUCACCAGAGAGCAUAGAUAUUUUUGCCCAAGCCCCUUUUAGGCAGGCAAGCCAGGACAAUGCUGUGGAAGAGACUGAUGUAUUUACCAAAGCUCCUUUCAACAGAAACCUCUCAAAGUCCAGCAGGAGUGGCGAUGGUCCCAGUGGCCAGACGCCACCAGUUUCCCCUGACAGCGUGGAUGUAUUUGGCUUCUCGCCUUUCCAGCCCAGCCAUGAAAUACCUACCUCCAGGAACCAGGAUGAUAUUUUUGGCCAAGCACCUUCUGAUAAAGCAACAAUCCCCCAGCAACAGAGUCAGAAACAACGCUGCCUUCAAAAAUCUUCACGGCAAAGGCGCACAAAGCAAGAGGCCAGUGGCAACAAUGGGAAGCGGCACCACAGCACACCCACUGGUGGCAAGAAGAGCAACAAGCCCAGUUUCCGUACCCCUGAACGGAUGCGAAGGCAGAAGAAAGCUGGAAGAAGGGACUCACAGAGCAGCAACGAGUUCCUCAGUACAUCUGACUCCAAAGAGAACAUCAGUAUUUCCCUGGGUGAGGUAAUGGAAAAAGGGGCUGCGCUGCCCCCCGAGGAAGCUUUAUUGGAUCCAUUUGGCGACAAGCCAUUUCAUCCACAAGAUGGCAGUCGGCACCAGAGUUUAGGAGACAACAAAAGUGAGAUCAACUCAGCCAAUGGCAGGUCAAGGACCAGCUCCCUACACGGUGUAUUUGAUGGAAAUAAAAUAGAUGACUUUGGAGCUGUACCCUUUACAGAACUGGUGGUCCAAAGUGGAGCUCAGCAAACCCCACAAUUGGAUCUUGACCCUUUCGGAGCUGCACCUUUUCCGUCAAAGCAGUGAAUGUCUUUUCUUCUGGCACACUUGCAGAGUUAGUACACACACAUGCGGCUACACUAUGCAAAGUCCAAGCAGCCUUCUCAAAUUUCCUGAAUGGGUGGCUUCUCUGUAUAUCUGCAGCCCAUUGGGAAAUUUGCCUUUUAAUUAGAUAACAUAGUUUUGUAGAUUUUCAUGUAUUUUACUACUGGACAGCUAGAUCUCCUUUUUUUCAUUUUGGUAACUUAAACUUGUGGUGUAUGGAUGUUUUUGAAUAGGCUUUUGAAGCAUAUUCUUUACACUUUACUUGCUAGUAAGCCUUUUAUGCUGCAUUUCAAUAUGCACUCAGUCAAUAAAAUUGAUAAAUGUGUAUAAACCUUCAUUUGAAUAGAAUGAAGAGGAAAACAAUGCCAGUUUUAUAAGUUUGUACUCUAUCAUUGGCCACUUUGCCAAACUCCUUUUUGUAGGCAAUUCCUGCAUGAUCUACCAACAUUAAACACCAUGAAGCCUUAUAUAGGUAUGCCCCAUCCUGCUUUACUGUACCUCCAAUUCACAGUGGCUGUAGUAGCCGUGUUGAUGGAAUCAUCUGAGUGUAGGCCUUUUCCACUUUAAUGUCAUUCACACAGACCAUUUUUAUACAUUUUUAUUAUUAUUUUAUUUUUAAGUGCAUUCAGUGUUUUAAAUCCUUAUGUUCUUUUUACAUACACGUGAAAAGGGAAUUUCUUUAGAAAAGAAUGGCCACACCAAAGAUGAGUUAUUUACAGUUCAUCGUACAAUGCUGUUGAAUAUGAUCAAAACAAUGCAGUUACAAUUAACACUGUAUUAAUUAUGCUGUCAUAAAUAAGUACUCUCCUAGUUGACCCAAAACCUUUUUGAUGAUGUCAACAUCAAUAAUGCUGAUAUGUUCAACUGUACAUACCAGUAACCUACAAUCAUGAGCAUGUAGAUGUCUCGUAGAAGGGGAAAAUUAAAGAACGUACUUAAUGCAAUUUUAUAUAUCAGUUCUAAAAGUAAAAACAACAAAAAGGGCACCACGCAAGUAGGGUAUAAGUUGAACUGGAAAUCAGAUGAAAAGAUCAAUUUUGAAAAUACAUUUGGGGUAUUGCUCAAUAUUUAAGUGCAGUUGACCAAAAAUAAAAUAAAAGCAUUGCUUUACACAAUUUAUUUUCCUUAUGUUUUCAAAAACUGCAAGACUUGUUCUUUUUACAUUUCUUUUUUAAUGUGUAGUACUACACUCUGUAACAAUGCA